AUGAAACUGACCGCGCGUAGGAACUAUUUGCUUGCCCAUGCACACGUCGAUGCAUCCGCACUAAGCAGCUCCAUUGCUCAUCUCAAUACCACCGCAACUUUUUCGCCACUCCAGCCAUUGCAGGACACUGAUGUUGCUCGUGAACUUGCGGGUUACUUGCGUCACGCUCACGAGCAAAAUCUCAUCUUGACCAUCGAGGAGGGUCGCCGACAAACGCAGGAGCAGCUCUAUCGCACGCUUGAGGAGCGAAGCAGGCGGGAUUGGGAGGCUAAAAAGAAGCGCGUGUUCGAUGAGUUGGGCGGACGCGUAGGCGGCGACAAUAAGGCUAUGGCCGAACUCAAGAAGAGUUUCCACAGCAAGCCAAGUGUUGCACCCAGCCUUACACUCCAAAUGCAAAGCAGGAUGAUGAUUUACGACAGGGUAAUGACGAGUCUGAAUGCUGCUCGUCUCCGUGGCACGUCGUAUCCCAUCGUUCACGCGCUCGCUCGCGCUGCUUACGAGGUUGCAACUGAUCCGCGUUCUGCGCAAAUGUCUCAAAACUUCCAUGUUCUUGCCAAAAUUACAGGUGAACCGCCAGCUCUACCUCCCACAGAGCACGCAAGUGCCCACAUUCUCAACGCCCCCACUUUGGAACGAAAAUAUGCCUGCGUAUACUUGGGCAAUCAAGAAACACGCGAAGCUGCCGCACUCCGUCGGCAGAUCACGAACGGCGCACGACAGGCACUGGAGGAGCAGUAUUGGGAUGUUCUGGAACGAACAAUUCAGUCACGACCAAAUGAGGCUCAGCUUGGUGGCGAUCCAAGUAUCGCGAAUAAAGUGCGAGCGUUCCUUUUUGUGAGGUACUACAAAAAUGGCGAAUGGGAGGAGAGGAUCGAGCUUGUCGCUGGGCAACCCUUAUGGGCACGACUUUUCUUCCUGAUACGAACGGGGCAUUAUCAAUAG